UUGAAGUAUUUAAGCAAAGGAUGUAUUCUUAAUUAUUCAAGUUACAGUGUACCACUUAACUUUAUUUCAAGCGAGGUAUAUUUUGGGAGAAUUCUUUAUGAAAAUCAAGAUAACUUGAAUCUAGCACUUUUUCCUUAUCUUUUCAAAAUUAAAUAUUUUUAACAGUAAUGCUAAUGAUUAGGUAAAGUGUCAGUAACAGAUUGUUAAAAUAUUAAUAUUCAAUACUUUACGCAUAGAAAUGUCAGUGAAUUCCAUUUUUUAGUUCCACAUACUUAAAAAGAUUAUUUAUUUAAUGACCACCAUUAUAGAACAAUGCAUUAACUUUUUUGUAUGUGACUUGGGAUAGAAGUCUUAGAUACUAAGUGCAUUCAUACUUAUAUUUUAAUCUAUAUUUUUCUUCUGGAACAUUAUUAGUAAAUUUUGAGAUUAUAGAACUGUUGACCCAGUCAUACAUGUACAGAGCUUGGCCUCUGAGUUAAUUAAAUAUGAGUUAAUAAUAUAUUAUAAGGAAAUUAUUGUCCUUAUUACAGUUAUUAGGUAGUUACUCAAAUUAUAGCUUGAAAGGAAUGCAGACCAUGGAAAACUCAGGAUUAAAUUAUGCAUUUGAACCUUAGGCCAGUUUUUUCUGUAGAGACAGUUUGCUGCUAAAAGAGAAAUUGUAUGUCAUUGAAAUUAAAUGCUUUUCUGGGGAUGGAAGAUUCCAGUUUUUAAUGAAAUUACUGAGUGUGGUGUAGUGAAAUGAUUAAAAUCUGUAUUCCGGGAAUGUGGCAGGGAAAAAAAAUCAAUAAGUGCUAGCACAGCUUUGCUGCUCAAUGUGAAUCCUGAGAAUGAAAUAAACUACUACAAAAAUAAUAAUUAAAAACAUAUCAGCACAUUAAUUUAUUUAGCAUCAGUCUCCUGAGACAUCAUCUUCACUAAUUUUUAGCAUACAUUUUACUCUGUAAUGAGCAGCCUUCUUUUCAGAUAUCCCUAUUAGACAGGCAGUAUUUCUGCCCUUCCCCCAGUGCUCCUGCAUUGCAAUCAUUGUACUUGCACUUAUUAUGUUACAAAUGACCGAGGUAAGGCUGACAUUCUCAGUGCAUGCAAAAAGACCGAGUCUGCCAAGCUUUUUUUUUUCCUAAUGAAGCAGCUUUGUGAAAUCUCCCCAUGUGUUAAUACUAAUGAAGAUCCUCCAGCACAAUUAAAAUCACAGCCAGUGGCUGAAGAGGAAACAUAAAACAAUAGCAUCUUUUAAGAUACAUUUAUCCACAUAUGUAUAAAAUAUACAUAGAUGAUCAGAUUAUUCUCCGAUAGCUUAAUUUUUACUUACUCUUCAUCCUGAAAAUUAAAUUAUGCAAUUUUUAAUUAUAUGAACUUUGAGACUUUCUUGUGUUCUGGAGGGAAAAAACGGUACCUCAACGAACUUCUAAAAAAAAAAAUAUGUAUCUUCUUGGCUAAUAAAGUGUUAUCAAGAUUAAGGCUUUUAAAAAAAUUGUUUUUAGGAAUCUAUAGGGUGGGGUGCGGGAGGGAAUGGGGCGUAUUGUAUCUUUAGUUUAACUUGAUUGGUUGCAGGAUUUGGGAAUUGGGGUUGGGGGAGUGGAAGGGUAAAAACAAAGUUGGAAGAGAUUCUGGGGGUAGACACAUAGCAUAUGACUGCAUAUGUAGUUUAAAGGAGCAAAGGCUACCAGUCUUACUCAUAAGUUCAGUGCCUACAAUUUGCUAUGCAUUUUUCUAACCUCUCAGAAACUGGAAAAAAAGCUAUCGAGAUUACCUUUUACAGUGUGUGCAUAUAACUUUAAAACGACUAUUUUAACGUCUUUUAUUUAAAUUUUAUUUUAACUUAGUGCAUAAACAUUACAGCCAGUUUAACUUGUCCGUGGAAAGGCAGUAGAAUUUUACCCCGGGACCAUCUUGCAUCCUGCUUUUUUUGAGUUUUAACAUCCGCAAAAUCUCGGCAUAUUAAUUUAGUUGGGUUGUAGAAUUCUGAGUUUAGGAACAAAAAAAGUUUAGGUGGAGAUGGUUGACCUAUGCUCCCUACUCUGUAGCUUUUGUUUUUUAAAAACUAAGUUUUAAAUCCCGUUUUCUCUCCUGUCUUCUUUAAAAGCAAAACAAAACAUUUUAAGUUUCUUAACUUUUUCCUGGGACAAGGAACGGUGCAAACUCAAAGCUACAGUAUUCUUGGAAAGAAGAAGCGACCCCCUCCCUUGGCUCCUUUAGGAGCUGAUAGGUCAUUUAUUAUUGGAACUGAAAUGGUAUAAACAAUUCUCUCUCUUUUUUUCCCUUGUUAACAGCAACUUUCAUUGUUAGAGAGAGGAGACAGAGAGAAGCCUUGUUGGUUGACGUCACUUGGUUCAUGAAGCCUUCGCCUAGAAGUGAAGCUGCUGAACAAACCUUGAGAAGAAUCAUCUCCUGCUUCAAUCUGCUGCUGGAUAGGAACUAAUCAGAGAGAGGCGGAAGACGGAGAAGGAGGGAGUCGAAGGCUUUCCCGAUCACAAAUCUCACCUCCACUACAACUCUCUUUAUACUUUUCUUGCAGAAAUAAUAAUAGAAAUAAGGAGGUGGUGGGGUUUCCAAAAAUCUUAACCUUCAACCAUCUGGGGAAAAGGCAAAAAUCUCAUCUACCGCAACUCUCAGUUCGAAAGUAAAGGUUUCCCAACAGUGAUGUCACAAGAUUGACCGCAUUGAUCACAAAACAGGGUCUUGCUCAGUCACCCAGGCUGGACUACAGUAGCACAAUCAUAGCUCACUGGAACCUCAAACUCCUGGCCUCAAGCAAUCCUUCCACCUAGGCCUCCCAAAGCAUGGAAGUUACAGAUAUGGAGUCUGGAGAACGGUUACCAUCCUCAGCAGCCUCCUCUACUACACCAACUUCAUCUUCGACACCUUCUGUGGCUUCAGUAGUUUCAAAAGGUGGCCUUUCCACUGGAGUUGCUUCACUUAGCUCUACAAUCAACCCAUGUGGACAUUUAUUCAGAACAGCUGGGGAUCAACCGUUUAACCUGUCCACAGUGUCGAGUGCCUUCCCAAUGGUCAGCCACCCAGUCUUUGGUCUACAUUCAGCCAGCUCAGGGCAUUCAGAAUUUGGUGGUUUGGGGACACUUGGUACACCCACAGCCUUAGCCGCACAUCCCCAACUAGCAUCUUUUCCAGGUGCAGAAUGGUGGCGAACAACUGAUGCUCAUACUCGUACAGGAGCAACCUUCUUUCCACCAUUACUGGGAAUUCCACCACUAUUUGCUCCCCCAGCCCAGAAUCAUGAUUCUUCUUCAUUCCAUUCAAGGACUUCAGGAAAAAGUCAUCGAAAUGGUCCCGAAAAAGGUGUAAAUGGGUCAAUAAAUGGAAGUAACACAUCAUCUGUAAUUGGUGUCAACACAUCUGUACUAUCCACUACUGCUUCAGGUUCCAUGGGACAAACUAAAAGUACAAGCUCAGGUGGAGGAAGUCGAAAAUGUAGUCAGGAACAAAGCAAAAACCAGCCUUUGGAUGCUAGAGUUGACAAAAUCAAAGAUAAGAAACCAAGGAAGAAAGCAAUGGAAAGUUCUAGCAACAGUGAUAGUGAUUCAGGCACAUCGUCAGACACCUCAAGUGAAGGCAUUAGUAGUAGUGAUUCAGAUGAUCUAGAAGAAGAUGAAGAAGAAGAAGAUCAAAGUAUUGAAGAAAGUGAAGAUGAUGAUUCUGAUUCAGAGAGUGAAGCACAACAUAAAAGUAACAACCAGGUGCUAUUACAUGGUAUUUCAGACCCAAAAGCAGAUGGACAGAAAGCAACUGAAAAAGCCCAGGAAAAAAGAAUACACCAGCCAUUACCUCUUGCGUCUGAAUCCCAGACUCACUCAUUCCAAUCCCAGCAGAAGCAGCCUCAGGUUUUGUCACAGCAGCUUCCAUUUAUUUUCCAAAGCUCUCAGGCAAAGGAGGAAUCUGUGAACAAACACACCAGUGUAAUACAGUCUACGGGAUUGGUGUCCAAUGUGAAACCUUUAUCUUUGGUAAAUCAAGCCAAAAAGGAAACUUACAUGAAACUCAUAGUUCCUUCUCCUGAUGUUCUUAAAGCAGGGAAUAAAAAUACCUCUGAAGAAUCUAGUUCAUUGACCAGUGAAUUGAGAUCCAAACGGGAACAAUAUAAACAGGCAUUCCCAUCACAGUUAAAGAAACAAGAGUCAUCUAAGAGCCUGAAGAAGGUUAUUGCAGCUUUGUCAAAUCCAAAAGCAACCUCUAGUUCACCAGCACAUCCAAAACAAACAUUAGAAAACAACCACCCAAAUCCAUUCUUGACAAAUGCACUUUUAGGUAAUCACCAACCAAAUGGAGUUAUUCAAAGUGUCAUUCAAGAAGCUCCUCUAGCACUUACUACCAAAACUAAAAUGCAGAGCAAGAUUAAUGAAAACAUUGCUGCUGCAAGUAGCACCCCUUUUUCCUCACCUGUAAAUUUGAGUACAAGUGGGAGAAGAACCCCUGGCAAUCAGACACCUGUAAUGCCCUCUGCCUCUCCCAUCCUGCAUAGUCAAGGGAAGGAAAAAGCAGUUAGCAAUAAUGUAAACCCAGUAAAAACACAGCAUCACUCCCAUCCUGCAAAAUCUUUAGUGGAACAAUUCAGAGGAACAGAUUCAGACAUUCCCAGUAGUAAAGAUUCCGAAGAUUCAAAUGAGGAUGAAGAGGAAGAUGAUGAGGAAGAAGAUGAGGAAGAUGAUGAAGAUGAUGAAUCUGAUGACAGCCAAUCAGAAUCAGAUAGUAAUUCAGAAUCAGAUACAGAAGGAUCAGAAGAAGAAGAUGAUGAUGAUAAAGACCAAGAUGAAUCAGAUAGUGAUACUGAAGGAGAGAAAACUUCAAUGAAACUGAAUAAAACAACUUCCUCUGUCAAAAGCCCUUCCAUGAGUCUCACAGCUCACUCAACACCUCGUAACCUCCACAUAGCAAAAGCCCCAGGCUCUGCUCCUGCUGCCUUAUGUUCUGAAUCCCAGUCACCUGCUUUUCUUGGUACAUCUUCUUCCACACUUACUUCAAGCCCACACUCUGGCACUUCCAAAAGAAGAAGAGUAACAGAUGAACGAGAACUGCGUAUUCCAUUGGAAUAUGGCUGGCAGAGAGAGACAAGAAUAAGAAACUUUGGAGGGCGCCUUCAAGGAGAAGUAGCAUAUUAUGCUCCAUGUGGAAAGAAACUUAGGCAGUACCCUGAAGUAAUAAAGGGAAUGCAGUGGUGUCUUUUGAAAGAAGAGGAUGUCAUUCCUCGUAUCAGGGCAAUGGAAGGUCGUAGAGGAAGACCACCAAAUCCAGAUAGACAACGAGCAAGAGAGGAAUCCAGGAUGAGACGUCGGAAAGGUCGACCUCCAAAUGUUGGCAAUGCUGAAUUCCUAGAUAAUGCAGAUGCAAAGUUGCUAAGAAAACUGCAAGCUCAAGAAAUAGCCAGGCAAGCAGCACAAAUAAAGCUUUUGAGAAAACUUCAAAAGCAGGAACAGGCUCGGGUUGCUAAAGAAGCCAAAAAACAACAAGCAAUAAUGGCUGCUGAGGAGAAGCGGAAGCAAAAAGAACAGAUAAAGAUUAUGAAACAGCAGGAAAAAAUUAAGAGAAUACAGCAAAUCAGAAUGGAAAAAGAACUUCGAGCUCAGCAAAUUCUAGAGGCUAAAAAGAAAAAGAAGGAAGAAGCGGCAAAUGCCAAAUUAUUGGAGGCCGAGAAACGAAUAAAGGAAAAAGAAAUGAGAAGACAACAAGCUGUUCUUCUGAAACAUCAGGAGUUGGAGAGGCAUAGACUAGAUAUGGUAUGGGAACGAGAGCGAAGGCGACAACACAUGAUGCUUAUGAAAGCUAUGGAAGCUCGUAAAAAAGCAGAAGAAAAAGAACGGUUGAAGCAAGAAAAACGUGAUGAGAAAAGAUUAAAUAAAGAGCGUAAACUAGAGCAGCGAAGAUUAGAAUUAGAAAUGGCAAAGGAACUAAAGAAGCCUAAUGAAGACAUGUGCUUAGCAGACCAAAAGCCUUUGCCAGAGUUGCCUCGUAUUCCAGGACUUGUUCUCUCUGGAAGUACAUUUUCAGACUGUCUCAUGGUGGUGCAGUUCUUACGAAACUUUGGUAAAGUUUUGGGCUUUGAUGUGAAUAUUGAUGUUCCAAACCUGAGUGUUCUUCAAGAGGGAUUGCUAAAUAUAGGGGACAGCAUGGGUGAAGUACAAGACUUGCUUGUGAGGCUCCUCUCAGCUGCUGUAUGUGAUCCAGGUCUAAUAACAGGAUACAAGGCUAAAACAGCUCUUGGAGAACAUUUGCUAAAUGUUGGUGUGAAUCGAGACAAUGUUUCCGAGAUUUUACAGAUAUUUAUGGAAGCCCACUGUGGACAAACUGAGCUUACUGAAAGUCUGAAGACCAAAGCUUUUCAGGCUCACACUCCAGCACAGAAAGCUUCAGUCCUGGCUUUCCUGAUCAAUGAACUGGCAUGCAGCAAGAGUGUGGUCAGUGAAAUCGACAAGAACAUUGACUAUAUGUCAAACUUGAGGAGAGAUAAAUGGGUGGUAGAAGGUAAACUCCGCAAGCUCAGAAUCAUUCAUGCUAAGAAAACAGGCAAAAGAGACACUUCAGGUGGCAUUGAUCUGGGAGAAGAGCAACAUCCCUUGGGCACACCCACUCCAGGACGCAAGCGAAGAAGGAAGGGAGGAGACAGUGAUUAUGACGAUGAUGAUGACGAUGACAGUGAUGACCAAGGGGAUGAAGAUGAUGAGGAUGAAGAAGAUAAAGAAGACAAAAAAGGAAAAAAGACUGAUAUCUGUGAAGAUGAGGAUGAAGGUGACCAAGCAGCAAGUGUUGAAGAGCUGGAAAAACAGAUUGAAAAACUGAGUAAACAACAGAGUCAGUACAGAAGGAAGCUCUUUGAUGCCUCUCACUCAUUGCGUUCAGUGAUGUUUGGCCAGGAUCGUUACAGACGACGGUACUGGAUUCUUCCCCAAUGUGGGGGGAUUUUUGUAGAAGGCAUGGAGAGUGGUGAAGGACUAGAAGAAAUUGCAAAAGAAAGAGAAAAACUAAAAAAGGCAGAAAGUGUCCAGAUCAAAGAAGAAAUGUUUGAGACUUCUGGGGACAGUUUAAAUUGUUCAAAUACAGAUCACUGUGAACAAAAGGAAGAUCUUAAAGAAAAAGAUAACACAAAUCUAUUCCUUCAGAAACCUGGCUCUUUUUCCAAAUUAAGCAAGCUUUUGGAAGUAGCUAAGAUGCCUCCUGAGUCAGAAGUUAUGACUCCCAAACCAAAUGCUGGUACAAAUGGGUGCACGUUGUCUUAUCAGAACAGUGGAAAACAUUCACUGGGCAGCAUUCAGUCAACAGCAACGCAAAGCAAUGUGGAAAAGGCAGAUUCUAAUAAUCUGUUUAAUACUGGUUCAAGUGGUCCAGGGAAGUUCUACAGUCCUCUCCCCAAUGACCAGUUACUAAAAACGCUGACUGAAAAGAAUAGACAAUGGUUUAGUCUUUUGCCACGAACACCUUGUGAUGACACUUCACUUACUCAUGCCGAUAUGUCAACUGCUUCUUUGGUGACUCCUCAGUCUCAGCCACCAUCUAAGUCACCUUCACCUGCCCCAGCUCCUCUUGGAUCUUCUGCUCAGAAUCCUGUUGGCUUAAAUCCAUUUGCUUUAUCACCUCUUCAGGUGAAAGGUGGAGUAUCUAUGAUGGGACUUCAGUUUUGUGGGUGGCCCACUGGUGUGCUUACUUCUAAUAUUCCAUUUACAUCAUCUGUACCUAGUCUAGGAUCGGGGUUAGGGUUGUCAGAAGGAAAUGGUAAUUCAUUCUUGACUUCCAAUGUUGCUUCAAGUAAAAGCGAAUCUCCAGUACCACAGAAUGAAAAGGCCACUUCAGCUCAACCUGCAGCUGUUGAAGUAGCAAAACCAGUAGAUUUUCCUAGUCCAAAACCUAUUCCAGAAGAAAUGCAGUUUGGUUGGUGGAGAAUUAUUGACCCAGAGGACCUAAAAGCUUUGCUCAAAGUGCUGCAUCUCAGAGGAAUAAGAGAAAAGGCAUUGCAAAAGCAAAUUCAGAAACAUUUGGAUUAUAUUACUCAAGCCUGCCUCAAGAAUAAGGAUGUUGCUAUUAUUGAACUGAAUGAAAAUGAAGAAAACCAAGUAACUCGAGAUAUUGUGGAGAACUGGUCAGUAGAAGAACAAGCAAUGGAAAUGGAUUUGAGUGUCCUUCAACAGGUAGAAGAUCUAGAAAGGAGAGUUGCAUCAGCAAGUUUGCAAGUGAAGGGUUGGAUGUGUCCAGAGCCUGCAUCAGAAAGGGAGGACUUGGUAUAUUUUGAACAUAAGUCAUUUACUAAAUUGUGCAAGGAGCAUGAUGGAGAAUUUACUGGCGAAGACGAAAGCAGUGCACAUGCACUAGAACGGAAGAAUGACAACCCCCUAGAUAUAGCUGUAACCAGGCUGGCUGAUUUGGAGCGGAACAUUGAAAGAAGGUAUCUGAAGAGCCCCUUAAGUACCACCAUUCAGAUCAAACUGGAUAAUGUGGGCACAGUUACUGUCCCUGCUCCUGCACCAUCCGUUAGUGGUGAUGGUGACGGAAUUGAAGAGGAUAUUGCUCCAGGGCUCAGGGUAUGGAGAAGGGCAUUAUCAGAAGCUCGCAGUGCUGCACAGGUAGCUCUGUGCAUUCAGCAAUUACAGAAAUCAAUAGCAUGGGAAAAAUCAAUUAUGAAAGUUUACUGCCAAAUCUGUCGAAAGGGAGAUAAUGAAGAACUGCUUCUUCUUUGUGAUGGCUGUGACAAAGGCUGUCAUACCUACUGCCAUAGACCCAAGAUUACAACAAUCCCAGAUGGAGACUGGUUUUGUCCAGCUUGCAUUGCUAAGGCAAGUGGUCAAACUCUAAAAAUCAAAAAACUUCAUGUCAAAGGAAAAAAGACUAAUGAGUCAAAGAAAGGCAAGAAGGUAACUUUAACAGGAGAUACUGAAGAUGAAGACUCUGCAUCUACAAGUAGUUCACUAAAAAGAGGAAACAAAGACCUCAAGAAAAGAAAAAUGGAGGAAAACACUUCUAUUAGCUUGUCAAAACAAGAAAGUUUUACUUCAGUUAAGAAACCUAAAAGAGAUGACUCCAAGGACCUAGCUCUUUGCAGUAUGAUUCUGACUGAAAUGGAAACUCAUGAGGAUGCAUGGCCUUUUCUACUUCCUGUAAACUUGAAACUUGUUCCUGGUUAUAAGAAAGUUAUUAAGAAGCCUAUGGAUUUUUCCACAAUUAGAGAGAAACUAAGUAGUGGACAGUAUCCAAACCUUGAAACCUUUGCUCUAGAUGUCAGGCUUGUUUUUGACAACUGUGAAACAUUUAAUGAAGAUGAUUCUGAUAUAGGCAGAGCUGGCCACAAUAUGAGGAAGUAUUUUGAAAAAAAGUGGACAGAUACUUUCAAAGUGAGCUGAAGUUAUAAUAAUCUCUUUAUUUUUUUUCCUUUUAAACAAGGACAAAUGAGACCAGCAAUGUGAACUGUAUUUACAUAAACGUGCAAGGCACAUACAUAAUGACUUUCUUUUUCCUUAAGAUAAGUAUAAAAAAAAAAAGUAUCAGAAGAAUGAUACCAUUUUUAAAGGCUUCAUUCCUACAACAACCAAGGCCCUCGGUUAUUGGUUUGUGUGAUUUAUCAGCUAAUUUAGGUAGAACAGGGAAGCACACCCAAAGAAUUUUCAAAGGAAAGGGUGUUAUAGUGCAAUAGCAAUUAAAAUAUAUCAAAUCGCACUGAAUACUCAACACCAGAGCUCUAAUGUGGGAAAUGGUUCUCCUUUCCCUCUCAAUAAAUAUCUAUUUUUCAUUUUUUUACUUUGUAGUUUAUUUUUUAGUGAAUGUAUUUAAUUUUAUGAAUUAUUUAUGAUUAAACCACAUCCAGAAUCUUCGUUUUCUGUGAAAAGGAAGAACUAGAAAAUUGCUUUAAAUCUUGAAAAUACAACAAGGAAUGUUUUAAAAUAUAAAACAAAGCCAAGUUAAACUGUUUACACUGAUGUGCUAUAAAAGCACCAAAAAGAAACUUUACUGUAGAGUUACAAGUACAUUUAUAUAUAUAUAUGUUGCUGCAUCACUUGUGUAGUUAAAUUGUAUUUCAAAACAGUGAAAAAAUUGACAUGUAUAUACUGUUCAUUCUUGUUUAUAUUAAGUCUUGUUUUAAAUAUGUAUUAUGUGUAUAUAUUGUUUGCAGACAUUAUUGUUCAUGCCUUAGAGGAUUGUAGCAUUUUAUUUUCGUCUGAAGGUAAUGAUAGCUAUACAGUCUGUACAGUAAUUAUCCUCUACCAACACUGUGGCGUCUCCUUAAUCUUGGUAGUGCCUGCCUUUGAAACAGGGUGUAGGGGAUAUUAGUUUUCCAUUUUUCUAUUUUGUUAUAUAAUUUUAAGCCACCAGGGCCUAAAUUAAAGUAUAAUCAUUUGUAUCCAUGUGGAAUAAAAUUGUGACAAUUUCCUACGCACACAGUAUUUUUUCAUAGAAACAUUUCCCUCCCAUUUGCCUUGCCUCAAAAAUAAAUUUAAAAGACAUUUGUAACCACUGUGUUUUAUCUACUGUGUGUUGUGGUGGCCUGUUGGAGGCAAAUAGAUCAGAUUUUUUUUGUACCUAUGUAAGAGUACUUGAAGUUUUAUUUAAAAUAAAAUGUUGUGGAAAAGGUAGCAUUCUUUUUUUAGGAGUGUUAUUUUUCACUAUGUGUGGCACGGAUACAAUAAAAGACUUUUACAAACUAA